AUGAAAUGGUUUGGACGCGGUGGCAGGUUUGCCGACCUUGAAAACACGGAUAUGAGCAACAUUGUCAAGGCUCUGAAAAGCUCAUACCCCGACUACAAGCCCAGCACCAUGGCUCGUGCCUUUUCAAAGGUCAUCAAUCUUGUCAGCGAGCACAUUCAGGAGUGUGGCGAGCUGUCCGUCGAGCAAUUCUUCGACAAGUACAAGACAGAAGUGUCCUGGGCCAAGAGCCUUUCAACCAAGGCCAUUUCCGGCCUAUUCCGAGCAGCAAUCUCAUCGCGCAUGGUUCUCAAGAACCUUCUCAAAGAUCUCCCCGUUUAUGGACCGAAUGCUCCCCCGAAGAGAGCAUGGCUUACAAACUGCCUCACCGAUGCCAUCGACGGUCUCCACAUGACUUUCAUUAACGGCUACAGCCGUACCUCACCUGAAGUUCUCUGGGACUGGGGCUUCAAGGACGGAGAGGACACCGAGUUCGGAGACUCGGACGUUGAGAAACUAUCACAAGUUGACGAGGCUGAGUCCGACCACGAGCGAGACGACAGUUUCACCAACGAGCAGGACAAUGUCAGCAUCGAUGGAGAUGGAGGGUCUGAUUCUUGGACAUAG